AUGGCCUUGGACGUUCGUGUGGACGUGGAUCGCCGUGAAAACGGCGGCACCUUCACCAACUAUGAUGUGAUCCAUGGCGUCGUUCGUCUCACCACCACAGCGUCGAUUUCGUUAUCUUACAUCCAGGUGAAGUUGGAAGGUGUGGCUACGACGCAGAUGACUGUUCCUAGGACGCUUAAGAAGCGGAAGGAUAAGGAAACCAGGGAGAAGCUUCUUCAGGAUGUGCACAAGGUGCUUUAUGAUUCUGUCAUCGUGUUUCCGCCAGAGAAUGUCAGAAACGUUUCGAAUUCCAAGGAGUUUACCUUGACUCCCGGUGACUAUACGUACCCAUUCCAGUUUAAGAUUCCAUUGAACAACUCGUGCGUGAAGACGCUGGGCAUCACUAAUAAAGUACUGUUCAAUAGAGACAACCGCCAGGUGUUGGUGAAUAACGGCAAUUUCAAUACGAACUUGAUUAAAAACGUUGCUCAAAACUACUUCCAGGCGUACCCGAACCAAGGCCAAGGCCCUCCUGAUGUACCAAAAGAUAACGGUUACCAUGUAAAUACUCAGCUUCCGCCGUCCAUCAGCGAUAUGGGUCUGUUCGCCAAUGUGCGUUAUUUCGUUAAAGUCACUUGCAAACGGUCUUCUGUGUUUAAGACCAACGUUAGAGCCUUUGACCCCUUCACUUUUCUUCCACUUGAUUUAGACAGCCACAACCGUCCGCUUUUCGAGGGACAACAGUUUGAGGAGUUCAGAGAGGUGUUCUACAGAAAAGAAAUGGUGUUUAAAAAUAGAAUCCCCGAGAUCGUUGGUAUCAAGGUAUCGAAAAAACCGCCUGUGGACUAUAAGAAGGCUCUUCCAAGUACACCUCCUCUUCCGCAGAGGAAAAGCAUAUUCUCGUCAUUCCUCGGCGGUGGAGCACCAUCUCCACCAACUCCACCAGUUCGACCAUCUAGUUCUCGAAGAUCAAGUGGUAGCAGCAAUAGCAUACGUCAAACCAGUGCUGCCUACGAAAUCAGUUCUUCCAACGUGCCGUUCUCUUUUGAAGUACGCUUCAAGUAUCGCUCAUACCUUAUACCCUCGCAUCUACCAACAUUCAAGCUUUACUUGUUGCUGCAUCACAACCCAGCCCGUUACUCUCUCGCUCAAUAUGGAUACCCCGAUGAAUCAAACGGGCUCGGUGUGAUUUACUUCCAAAAACUCAGCAUUGAGUUGCGAAGCACCACAAACAUUUCUGUUUUAGAAACUGAUGGAGCCGGUGAAGCCGUUCAUCAAGGAAAGUCGGAAGAAGUGAUUCAAUUGUGUAACAACACCUACCAGAACUUGCAAUUUGACCUUCACGAUGCAAAAAUGCUGCGUUCUUCGUCUGCCACAAGCAGCAGCUAUGUUGAUACCAACAUUCAUGAGCUUGAAAUUCCUCGCAAGUACUUUGACAAUUGCAUGCUUCCAGAUGGACUUGCACCUUCGUUCAAAACAUGCAACAUUACAAGAAAAUAUAGUCUUGUCAUAGUUGGAGGGUUCCUGAGUGAAAGAAUCGUUGACUUCAAAGACCGUGCCGAGGUAGAGAAGAAGGUUCGCUACGUGGAUUUGCACUGUCCUGACGUUCAGGUGCUUUCUGGCCUCAAGCUUACGUCGUGGCUCCAUUCCAAUGCAUCCGAGUCCAACAUCAGCAGAACGUCAGACCAAAAACCCGCUCUUCCAGAAAGACCCUCGGUUAGUCUGGGCACGGAAGAAGUACAAGGAAACGGCAAGGAAGCCGAAAGUCGUCUUCCCACAUAUGACGAUGUUGUCAGAGAGAGUUCGUACCAGGACGAUGGAGAACACCUACGUGCCCGCCGAAGGUACCAAAACUAA